GUCUGUAACAGUGCUGAGCUUAUACUCGUCCAGGAUAUCUGAUCCAACAGGCAGCAACAUGCUGAAGCUCACAAUCGUGCUUUGCUUCCUGGCCGUAGGCUGGGCACAAGAGUGUCAAGUUAGCAACAUAGCGGUAAAAGAGAACUUUGACAAGUACAGGUUCCAGGGAACGUGGUACGCUGUAGCCAAGAAAGACCCAUCAGGACUUUUCCUCCUGGAUAACGUUGUCGCUAAUUACAAAGUGGACGACCAGGGCAUGAUGACAGCCAGCGCUUUCGGCAGAGUCAUCAUCCUAAAUAACUGGGAGAUGUGUGCCAAUAUGUUUGCCUCUUUCGAUGAAACCCCGGAUCCUGCCAAGUUCAAGCUGAAAUACUGGGGCGCAGCUGCAUAUCUCCAGAGCGGAUACGAUGACCACUGGGUCGUUGAUACGGAUUACGACAACUACGCCGUGCACUACUCGUGCAGAGAGCUGGACACAGACGGCACCUGUCUGGACGGUUAUUCCUUCAUCUUCUCCCGUUACAGGGGCGGAUUGAGGCCCGAGGACCAACCGAUUGUGACCGAGAAGAAGAAAGAGAUCUGUCUGCUGGGCAAAUACAGGCGUGUCACUCACAACGGUUUCUGUGACGCCUGAUUUCAUCCAGAUAAAGGAUUUUUUUUUCGUGUCAAUACAUAAAAUAAGUGUACAUAAAAAUCAAAUAUUAAUAUGAAUGGAAUUAAUUCUCCACGGCAGAAGCGUAGCGUUAAAACACGUACGUAACGACUCGACUGUGAUGGUUGAUGUACUCUGUAACCUGAAAUUUUUUUCAAAUAAAAAAAUGUUGGUAUUGGA